CGAUGAGCUGCGCCCACGAGCACCACGACCACUCGCAUGACCAUGAUCAUGACCACGAAGUCGAAGACGCAGAGGGUGAAUCGCUCUUCCAAUACAUUGACACGAGCAAGGUGCGGUGCUUGAACGCGCUCGACGAGCGCCAGAAGACGCACCCGUUCAAGAGCGCGGCCGACAAGCGCUCGCGCGCUACGUACCUCGACUCGAACGAGGACGAUCCGGAGCUCAUUCUGUACAUUCCGUUCACCGAGGCCGUAAGCGUCAAGUCGAUCUGCAUUGCGGGCGGCGCGGACGGGCUCCACCCCACGUCCGUCAAGCUCUUUGUGAACCGCGAAGACAUUGACUUUACCAAUGCGACCGAGCUUCCCGCAACGCAAAAGCUCGAGCUUGUCGAAGACUACGACGCUAACAUCGACUAUCCGCUGAGCUUGCGCAAGUUUCAAGGGAUCAGCAGCUUGAGCCUCUUCUUUGAAAACAGCGUCGACGGCGACCAAACGCGCGUGUACUACAUUGGCCUCAAGGGCGAGUCCAAAAAGUGGAAGCACGGCGUCGUCGAGUGCGUGUACGAGAGUCGUCCGCAGCUCAGCGACCACAAGGUACCGGACGCCACGGGGUCGCUCGCGUUUCAGAAAUGAAAUAUAUACGUUGAGUUUCAUUUUGAAA